AUGGGGUAUUUAUAUGGAAAGCAAAAAUAUGAUCUUUUUUGUGAGACACAAGAGGGAUCAAUUUGGAAACUUAAAAAAGUUGUUAUGGUGAGAGGUAUAUCACACGCUGACUAUAAAGAAUUCAGGCACAUACUUGCAUUUGAUAUGACUUACAAGUGCAACACAUACAACAAGCCAUUUGUUGAUUUAGUUGGUGUUAAUCAUCAUCAAAACACAGUGCCAUUUGGAUGUGCAUUGGUUGUGAAUGAGAAAGAGGGUACCUAUGUGUGGGUGUUACAACAAUUGAUUGAGGUGGGAGAUGGCUACAUACCACUCAUUGUUAUUACUGAUAGAGAUAAGGCCAUGGAAAAUGCCAUUUUUGAAGUACUACGUGGGACAAAACAUAGAUUGCGUAUAUGGCAUCCAAUAAGGAAUGUACAGUCUAAUGCUCAACACAGUUUUCACGAUGGAUUUUUUAGAUGUGCUGAAAAGUGUAGAACGCCAUCAGAUUUUGAAAGGGAUUGGAAAUAA